GCUUCAGUCUGGGAACUAGCCAGGGAGAGGAGGUUCUGAAGAUUCCCUAAAUCAGCUACAACCUCAGGCGUCCUGGAGGAGCAGAGAGCUCCAAAAGAGUAGAAUAAGUAGCAGUCAGAGGAACCAGAAAGGGCAGUGACAGGCUUGAUAUGGAUCGCUAAAAACACCUGCUAAGCUUGUGAUCUAAUGGUGAAAGGGACUAGGCUUCUCUGAUUCUCUCCCAGGACACAGAUUCACACAGUUUACAAGAGGAUCUGUCACCGACAAAGAACCUGGAGAUGGCAAAAACUUAUGUGAAACCCAAGGAGAUGUCUGAGUUGGUCAGCACAUCCUCCUGGUUGGAUAAAGGUCUGGGUUCUCAGAACGAGAUAAAGGAGGAGGAGAGAAGACUAUCCAAUGAUGGGAUGCUUGGCAGCCUAGCUGAAGAGCAUGACAGUAUUGAUGAAGAGGAAGAGGAGGACAAAGAUGGGGAGAAACCUAAAAGAAGAGGUCCCAAGAAAAAGAAGAUGACAAAAGCUCGCCUUGAGAGAUUCAGGGCUCGAAGAGUCAAGGCCAAUGCUAGAGAACGGACUCGAAUGCAUGGCCUGAAUGAUGCACUGGACAAUCUGAGGAGAGUUAUGCCUUGUUACUCUAAGACCCAAAAGCUCUCCAAGAUAGAGACUCUUAGAUUGGCCAGGAACUAUAUCUGGGCUUUGUCUGAGGUCCUGGAAACUGGUCAGACACCUGAAGGGAAGGGCUUUGUGGAGAUGCUCUGUAAAGGACUCUCUCAGCCCACAAGUAACCUGGUGGCUGGAUGUCUCCAGAUGGGCCCUCAGUCUGUGCUCCUUGAGAAGCAUGAGGACAAGUCUCCUAUUUGUGACUCUGCCAUUUCUGUCCAUAACUUCAAUUAUCAGUCUCCCGGGCUCCCCAGCCCCCCUUAUGGCCAUAUGGAAACACAUCUCAUUAAUCUCAAACCUCCAGUGUUCAAGAAUUUGGGAGAAUCAUCCUUUGGGAGCCAUCCACCUGACUGCAGUACACCACCUUACGAGGGCCCACUUACUCCACCACUAAGCAUCAGUGGAAAUUUCUCUUUGAAGCAAGAUGGCUCUCCUGAUCUGGAUAAAUCCUACAACUUCAUACAACACUACCCCUCUGCAAGUUUAAGCUCAGGGCAUGUGCAUUCAGCUCCCUUUCAGGCUGGUACGUCUCGCUAUGAUGUUCCCAUAGAUAUAUCGUAUGAUUCCUACCCCCACCAUGGCAUUGGGGCCCAACUCAAUACAAUCUUCACUGAUUAGGGCAAUAUACAAAACACUUCAGAAAUUAUGUGGCAGUAUUUCCUAAAAUCCACGUGUAUGAGAUGAAGAUUCAAGUCUGAUGUUCUGCCCUGUGAGCCAUUUCACCAGCCUGAAGAUUCAAUGACCUUAAGUGGGAUCCUUAUGUCAGAUAAAAUGGUGCCAGUUCAUGUAGGCUCUCCUACACCUGCUAUACUCUCAUCUCAUAAACCUCUCAUAUUAUAUGGGUUUCUUUACUGGGGUCCUCAAGUAGAAUUAUUUGACUGUUUAUAGUCAUGUGGAAAUUGAACAGGGACCCCUGACCCUGUUCUAGUGGUGCAAAAACAAACAAACAAACAACAAGAAGAAAAAACCCAAAAACUCACUGAGUAAUUUUCCAUUUUUGGGUCUCUGUUUAAUUACUGAUAAAAAAUAAGUGAUUAUUCUAAGCUUAGCUUAUUUCUAAAGUUCUUUACAGUUUUUGAAUUCUGUAAUUGUAGUGAUCAUGCAUUUAUGCAUCUUGGAACAGAAAAAUUAAGCAAUAAUAGAAGACAUUGUGUGAUAAGGAAAUAGUUACAAAAGGAGCAUACGGUGUAUGGCUCUCAAUUCAUAAAUGCAAAGUUUAGACUUACUGAUAGGGCUUCUUUCCAUCUGUUUAAACAUGUACUCCAGAGGCUAAAAUUCUAACUCGGUUGUCACUGUGAAUUACAAAGCAUGUUCCAUAAGGCACUUCUG